UCUUCCCCAGAUUUCAUCCUCCUCCCCCGCGCGCCACCCUCGGUACCGCGGUGACUCCUGGGACACGUUCCGCUUCUUUUCUCGCCUCUCAGCAGAAAUGUCAACUUCGAGCUCAGACGGAGUCCGGCAGAACCUGAGCGGAACCGAGCCGGACCAGCGGGAGGCCGCGGUUCUGCAACCGCACACCGUGUUUGUGAUCCUGGACUCGAGCGAGACUCUCAACUAUGUUCAGGUGGAGUCGGGAAUCGUUGCUGACAUUGAUGUUGACGGUUUGAUUCCCUCUGAGGGCAACACUUUCUACGAGAUUAAGAGUCAGCCAAUCACCACCAGCUUGUCAGCAGCAUCCUGCUCGUCUCCAUCCUCCUCCUUUGCAUCAGUCAUGCCCUCCAGGAUCCUAUUGAGACAAGAUCUGAUGCGUCAGCAGGCUCUGGAGGAGGAACAGAAGGAGGCGCAGCAGCAGCAGCUGUGCUCCUCUGACUCCUCCUCACCCAUCAGCGUGUCCGUGUCCUCCUGCAGACCUGCUCAGGUCCCCGUGGAGGUUCUGAAGGUGCAGACUCACCUGGAGAACCCCACCAGGUACCACAUUCAGCAGGCGCAGAGGCAGCAGGUCCACCAGUACUUAUCCAACACUAAGACAGCCAAUCAGCAGCCAGCUGUGUUGGGCUCCACCUCCAGACGGCCAAGAGAAGGCAGCCCAAAAGAAGAGAUGAAAGAAACUGUUAUUGAUGAUGUCAUCAGCCUGGACUCCAGCUUCAGCGAGGAGUUUCUCACGCUGAUUGAUUCUGGCCUACAACUCACAAGCAUGAUGCCACUUUCGGGGAACGUGCUGGAUGUGUGUGGGGGGGUGGACACGCCCACUGUUGCCAUUAGCAACAGCUGCCCGGCUGACCUGUGCAGUGUGAAGACCGAGCAGAGCGAUGUGGAGAGCAAAGCUCUGCUGAAGGACCGGCAGAAGAAGGACAACCACAACCAGAUUGAGAGAAGGCGUCGCUUCAACAUCAAUGAUCGCAUCAAGGAACUUGAAGGGCUGAUCCCCAAAUCCUUCGACCUGGAGACCAGGUGGAACAAAGGAACCAUCCUGAAGGCUUCUGUGGACUACAUCCGCAAACUGCAGAGAGAUCAGCAGAGAGCACAAGAGAUGGAGGAGAGGCAGAAGAUACUAGAGAGCACCAACCGCUUGUUGAUGCAGCGCAUACAGGAGUUGGAGCUCCAGGCUCGCCUCUUCCCUUCAUCCGUUUCCUCCCCUCCCCCUGCAUCCUCCUCCUCCUCUCUUGAUCCACACACUCUGCUCUCUCUGCCUCCGCCUCACCCGUCUCUGAGCUUCAUGGACCUGGAUGAGCCCCAGGCAGCGUCCACUGUCUUUUCUCCAGACCUGAUGGACCUGACGGAGCUGCGGGGCCUGGGGGGGCUUCUGAUGGAGGAGGAUGGAGAAGACCCACUGCUGUCCUGCGGAACCUCAAAGACCAGCAGCUUCAGCGUGGACGAAGACCUCUGAUGACAUCUUCACAGACUGGGUUCUUGUUGGCUGGAGCGGGCAGCUGAGUCAUCUGGGAGACUGAAUGAAACCAACUAUUAUCUGUGACACGAUGCAAACAUGUGUAACCAUGGUAACCAGCGUGCUACUGGUUAAACACCUACAAAGGAAUCCCAGAAGCUGACCUCACCUGUUAAACAGGUGAGACAUACUGUAUGGUCAGUGUGAUCUGAUCUGAUCCAGAUUAGGACUUGGGGCACCAUUUCCUCAAGUUUCCUGCUGGAGGCAAAACAGAAGGGCAACUACAGUAAAACAGGCCUUUGUUAUCAAGAUCUCCAGCAGGAAGCGGUGUAUUUAGACCAGAGACACCUGUAAUCCCACUUCCUGCCCAUAAAUCUUUACCUGAUUCUGACUGAACUCAGAUGAUUUCACCCAACGGGACCGACCAUUUGUUACCCAUAAGCAUCUGGGAGGUUGUCAUAGUAACUGUUCGAAACAUGACCUCCUGUCUUUGGUCUUUGGUUCUGAUGGAGCUUCGUGAACUUGCAGAUGUUAUGAUUUUGUUCAGAACGAUGUAGCAGCAGCCUGGUUUAUGCAGGUAGCCUGGUCAUCAGGGAACAUGAUCCCAGGGCGUGGGCGAUACGGACCAAAACUUAGCUAUAUUCUCACAUACACUGCCUGGAUGUUGCCUCCUGGAUUUACCUGAACAAGCAGGUAGGAGCCUCCUAUUUGAUAAUUACUGCACGGGCGCUUAUCUUUCAGCUGUCACAAGUUAUUCAACCCAACUGGUGCAAUGAGCAGCUUCUCAUUUCUUAAACAAGCAUGUGAAAAGACACAUCUGGUGGUCGUGGAGAAGAUGUUAGUCUGUGUGAGAAGGAUCAGAUCUUUGGCAUCAAGCAGAGAAAACAUCUAAGGAGAUGCAGAAACGACUAAAACUGGGUUCAGAACUGUCCAACAUUAUUAAAACUGGUCUGAUGAGUCCAGAUGGACCCUGUUCCACAGUGAUGGUGCAUCAGGGUUAGAAGAGAGGCAGAUGAAGGGAUCCACCCAUCAUGCCUAGUGCCUACUGUACAAGCCUGUGGUGGCAGUGCUAUGAUCUGGGUUUGCUGCAGGUGGCCAGGUCUAGGUUCAGCAACAGGAAACAAAUGUAUGUUACGCUGAUUUGAUGACGUAAAUGAAUCUGCCACACGGACCAUUACUCGCGAGGGUCGCUCAGCGUGUGAAUGAGGAGCUGUGAAAGUUGUGGAAGCAAACAUGGCUGACGUCUCAGGGUUCGCUCCUAUCGGUGAGUAGAGAGAGCCAUGGAUGUUUCCGGGGGAGAAAUGCCACCGCGUUUUGUUCAAACCCAUUAGUAGUCGUCGCUGUUUCCUUUGGGAACUAGCUCGUCUGACUCAUUCCGCCGCUCAUCUGAAACUCCUGUUCACGUGCUUUACCUUUCUCGUGAGCGUGCACGCUCGACGCAGCAUUCCAGGUGAAACAUUUUCAGGUUGGAGGGGGGUAGUGAUACAUCUGCACUGGUGGGAAUAACUUAACAGCUUAAAUUUGUUGUGACAGAUUAUAGUUGAUGUUUAGGAUAGAGCAGCCGAGAAACCAUGGAGUACAUCGCCCACCCCCGCCUGGUCAUCAGGUACCAGGGUCUACCUGCUUUCUGCUGCCAUCAAGGGAACUAGUCCUUUCUAUGUUUGUUCACAAACAGAAAAUUUGUAGAUCUUUCUAAAACUGUAAUUUUUUAUUAAAAAUAAACAAGGAACACUGUUAGAUUUUA